AUGGUAGAAGUAAAGGUAAGUUCUAUGAAACCACUUUAUGAAGCAACAUCAUUAUAUAACAUAUUCAUUACAGAGUCCAAUGCACAACUGCAUGGUUUUUUUGGGGCACCAGAGACAAAUAAUUAUACAUUUUGAAUUCAGGCAAAUGGCAACACUUCUUUGUAACUAAAUCUCUCAGAUGAUCCCAGAAAAAAGGUAUAUGACAAGCUAUCAAAAACCAACAUGUUGGAAGUUAUAUCAAUUCCUAUGGGCACCACUGAUUGGUCAACACUUUGGAAAGAAGAUUGGUUUCAUCCUAGGAAGCCCAAAUCAGAGAAAUAUGAGCUAAUUGCUGGUACAAUGUACUAUUUGGAAGCUGUGUAUCAUGAGAUAUCUCCAAACAAUGGAAUGGGCAUGGGGUUUCAGUAGCAUAAGACCUGGUUUAACCCGGAUGUCGUUAGUACUUAUCGCAGAGAGAGAUACAGAAUACAAGCCAGUGCUAUCCAGCUUCCAGAGAUACAGAUGCUGACAUUGUCUGGCAGAGGAUGGUUCGGUCUUGCUUGGGACAAUGUGACCAGAAGUAUAAAAUCUGCUAUGCAUCAUGAACUGGAGGAACUUCUUUCAGUAAAAUGUGAAAUAGAGCUAUCAUCUGCUAACAUUUUUUUGCAAGCAAGAUUUGAGCAAAAUACUGAGAAUCCAGUCAACGGUGGAGUCCUUGUCAGUUGUACAGAACCCUUUUGUGGAAGAUUCAGCAAUUACAGCCCCAAAAGCCUUAUCAAAACAUCUCAAUUAAUCCCUCCUUAUGAUGUCAUUACAUACACACACUUGUGCUUUGCAUAUAAAGGCUACAAGAGCAAUACCCCCUACAUUGCAGUGUCUUAUUCCAAUACCUUUCUAGAUACUGUGAAGAAACAUGUGACCUGCCAAUGGAAUCCGAAAUCCAGUCCAGAAAGCUGGAAAUUCAUAUGCCUUUGGAGAGACUGUCUGUAUAGUUCUGAAUUCUUUAAUGAUCUUCCCAAAAAUUCUUCAGUGUUUUUGUGCCAGGUUGAUGUAGAAGCUCCUGCUGCUGCAACAGAGACACAUGCCUGGUUUUUCAUUGAUGAGAUCAUUGUUUCAGAUCAAGAUGUAUUUGUUUUUCAGAAGGAACCCUGGUCAUCUUGCCCACAUGGGAACCUCAUAGAAUCUGUUUUGGUUGCUGGCAUCCCACCUAUAUUUAAUGUAUCUUUUUUGGUAGCAAAUUAUCACAAGAACCUCCCUCUUCCAUCACUCAGUUUUGAAAAUGAAUUCUCUGAUGAAAACUUCACUGGUCUUAACCCAGCAAUAAUAAGUUAUGUAGUAUUUGAUGGUGGAGUUUUCAUUGAGCCCAUAUUUGGAGAUAUGUUUGCUACCCCCAAUAACUUUACAUAGGUUGUCGUUAACAUGAAUGACAUUCCAGCAAAUUGUUCUGGCUCAUGCACUUUUCAGUAUCUCAGGGAAAUGACCCCUUUAGUCAGUAGACUAUUCAACAGCAAUAAAAAAAAAAACCUAACUUGCAAAAUCCUAAAUUCAAACUACACUAAUGUCCUUUUUCAGAUGAAUGUAUUACCUGUUGGAUUGUAUAAGGUGACAUUAUUGGUAAGAUCUUUUGGAUUUGCAGUCAAUACCAGUGGAGAAAAAUGUGCUCCUUUUAUAGCUGUGGAUUCCCCCAGCAAGGGAUUAUGGGGAGGACUUACAGGUUCAGGUUUAGAUGGGAUAAACACAGUACUCUUUGGUUCUCAAACUUGUCCCAUCAAUUUCAAUGCCAGCAGUGCAGUGAAAAUGGAAUGCAGGCUUCCUCCUUGCAGCAUUGAGUUUGAACUUGAUCCAACCACAGAAAGAGGAGGAGAGGAUACUGUUAAUCUAACCCUAAUGAAUGAACAUGGAUUGACUGCUUUUACCAAUGCUUUUACCUAUACCUCUUCUCUAAAUCCAUGCAUUGUGUCAAUGAACAGAAAUCAAAGUGGCAUAACAGGAGGUCAGCUGCUUGUGAUAGGUAUUUCUUCAUUUUCCAACUAUACUCCAUUUGAUGUGAAGGUCAAAAUUGGGGAUACUGCAGUUCAAAUUCAAACAGUAACAGAUCAUGGAAUCAGUGUAUUGCUGCCUUCUCUUGCAGAAGGAUUGCAUAAGCUUUCAAUAUUCCUCCAUCAUCUCCCACUCAACACACGUGGAUUGGAGCCAUUAAUCCAGUAUGUUACAGAGAUCUUCAGAAUAGAACCAUGUUGUGGCUCCUUCCUAGGUGGAACAUUGCUCACCAUUUCUGAAAUAGGUUUUAGCAACAGCCCAGCCUUGGUCUUGGUCCUGAUUGAUUUCCAACCCUGUGCUAUAAUCCGCCUAACUGAAGAUAAAAUUCUAUGUUGGACCCCACCACCCACUCAGCCAUCUGAUACCAUUCUCAAAACUCUUCUGGCAGAUAUAGAACCAUUCCAAAUGAAAAUCUUUAAAAAUUACACUUUUCUUUAUAACUUGUCUUUGACUCCAAAUAUCAUAAACAUUGAAACAGAAUUAUUGAACAAUAGUCUGCACCUAGGCGUAGAAGGAGUCAGUAUAACAAAUUCAGUAGCUAUCCUGGAACACGUGGAAUGUCCCCUUGAAGUACAGUAGAUCAACCACUCUAUAUCUUGGUCUCAGUGUUCCUUGCCUCUAAACAUUCUAAAAUCAGGGCACUAUGUUAUGAGAGUUCUCCAGAAGCAAAUGGGCUUUGCCAACAUACCAGCUGAGAUGCAGCAUUUUACAAUAUACCCAUAGAUAAAGACUAUCUUUCCAUCUCGUGGCUCAGUGUGUGGUGGGCAGUUGCUCACAAUAUCUGGCCAUUCUCUCAAAUCUUGGACAAAUUCUGCUUGGGUAAAUCUGACAGGCAACUUGUCUUGUGAUGUCCAAAGCUCGAGUGAACAGAGCAUAAUAUGUGCACUUUUCUCAAGCAAUCCCCUUUUGGAUGAUCAGCAAUUUCCUGAUGUACACCAAGCUCUUAGUAUGACAGUAAAUGUCAAUGGAAUGUAUAGCCGUUGCCUAGGAGACUGCUCAUUCAAUCGUUUUGCAAACAAGACUCUUGUUAUUGAUGCUGUCACUGUGAGGUUUGCUGGGAUAUUAAUUUACUUGUUAAUCAGAAUUCAAAAAUUAGUUUGGGCAGUGGAUGAAAUGCUUAUAGAGGUGAAUGGACAUCUCCCUUGCAAUAUAACUUCCUUGAACAAAACCAGCAUUGAAUGUCAGAUGCACAGCCUUGACGCAAAAGAACAUAGCAUUUUGGUAUUGAGCAGAAGCUGGGCUUCAGUCUGCCUGAGACAGAAAGACUCCAAUAUCUUCAGAGUUACUCCUGUGGUGCUCCAUUUUUAUCCCCAGAAUUUCAGUCUCAAUGGCGGAAGCCUCCUGACCUUAGAAGGUGCAGCACUUCAAGGCAGGAGCAGCACCUCAAUUCUUGUAGGAAAUCAGAGGUGUCUCCUCACCAAAGUCACCUAUUGGGCCCUUAAGUGCCUUGUGCCUUCAGGCCAAGGGACUGCAAUCGUGGGGCUCAACAUAGACACUAUGUCAUAUCCUGCUGGGGAAAUAAGCUACAGUGAAGAAUUCACCCCAGUUUUCCUCUCCCUUCUGCCUUCCACAGGCCAGUUCCUCACAAUAAUGAUUUCAAAAGUUAGGCAAAUGGAAGACAUGUACGUUUUCAUUGGAAGUUCUUCCUGCAUCAAUGUUACUAGCAAAAGUACCAGUUUGCAAUGUGUGCUUCCUCAGCUUCCUACUGGAGAAUAUAAUGUGACAGGUGGAAUUGUGCAGAGAGGUUGGCCCCCCUCCACUUUGGUAUUCACUUCGGUCCUGACAGUUAUCACAGUGAAAAACAGUCAUGGUAAGUAUGUGGUUGCUUCUGGGGAAUGGAACCCUAAAGUGGAAAGAGAUGAAGUUCUCAUCUAUAAUAGCUCCUGUAACAUUACCAUGGAAACUGAGGCAGAGAUGGAGUGUGAGGGACCUAAUCAGCCAAUUACCGCCAAGAUUACUGAGAUAUGGAAAAUCUGGGGCCAGAACACUCAGAACACCUUCCGAAUUCAAUUUUGUGGACGAUGGUCAAAAAACUUGACCUGGCUUAAUGGACAUCCACCACAAGAUGGCGAUAAUGUCAUAGUAGAAAGAGGACAGAUUUUACUACUGGUUACUAACACAAGCAUUCUUAAUAUGCUUCAUAUCAAAGGUGGCAAGCUGGCAUUUAGGCCUGGUCCCCUAGAACUUCACGCUCAUUCCAUCCUUGUGUCUGAUGGAGGAGUACUUCAGGUUGGAUCUCCCAGGAAGCCCCACCACUGCAUGGCCCGUAUCCAUCUUCAUGAAAGUGCCUAUUCUGAAGAGUUUUUCCCAUAUGGAGUGAAAUUUCUGGCUGUGAGAAAUGGAACCCUGUCCAUGCAUGAAUCUUAUGUGCAGCAUUGUGUUGUACUGGAUUCUUUUGCUCAGGGAGUUAGCCUAUCAGGAAUAUCAGAUUUCAAGAUUGAAAAUAAUACUUUUUACAACAUUAUGGGCCAUGGAAUUAAAACAGGCAGGACACAGAUUAUUAGCACCAGCAACCUUCAGCUUUGGAACUUCCACAUCUCUUCCUGCAAAGAUUUUGGUAUCAACAUUGUGGAAAGUUUUGGAAACACUUCUGUUGUCAACAGUGUACUAAUUGGCUACUUCCAUGAAAAGGAUAGAAGCUGUAUGUUGACAGGGCUGAAAACUCCUCAAAAGCAUGAACUAUGGAUUUCACGUGCAACCUUUAUGAACUUUGACAGUCACAACUGCACUGCAAUUACUACCUGUUCUGGUUGUUACCAAGGUCAGGGAGGCUUUAUUAUUAGAACAGAACAAGUCCUCCUCCUCAAUGCAAACUGGCUGUCAUUUCCAUUCCCUCACUGUACCAUCCUCAAAGAACUCGUGGCACGACAUAACCGCGAAAGAUGCAAAAAUUGGAGGGAAAUUAAGAAAAUGAGUAAAACUGGGAAUGAUGGAUUUACCUUUAUUUCCAACUGCAAGGAGCUUGUAAUUCUCAAAAUAAAAAAGUUGAAUAACAAGGAAAAGUCCCCAAUCUUCUCAUCUAAUUUAACUGUAACUAAUAGUCGCAAUAAGGUGAUCACUGUCAAUUAUGUGUCUGACACUUUAUCAAUGCAUGGCUGGAUGACUCUUCUUUUGGAUCAAGAAAUUUAUACUUCGUCAUUCAGCAGUCCUCUGCUUCAAAGAAAUUUGCAGUAUGUAGUUACUUUUGAUAAUUUUGCUGUUGGCAAUUAUCUAUUAUUGGAGCAUGAAGGGUUGCCAGUCCACAGUCAACUUACAGUGUUUUGUGGAAGAAGAAAAUAUUCUACCAAGUUAUGGAUAACUCAAGCAAAAUAUAUUAAGAAGCUCUUAUCCAGUAACAAAUGGUCCCUUGCUCAAUCCUGGAAUGAUGUGAUAAAGGUCUGGGGCGGCUACAAUAAAAGUAUACCAUCAUCUGAUGAAGAUAUUAUCAUUUUACCAGACAGAACUGUCUUGGUGGAUAUGAAUCUUCCACCCCUACGAGGUCUUUAUAUCCAGGGCACAUUGGAAUUCUCAUUAAACACCAGUCAUCUUCUGAGCGCAGCCUGUAUUGUGAUUGCUGCUGGUGGUGUCUUGAAAGUGGGUAUGUGA